CGUCACUUGCGUUUCGUUUGUCGUUUGUGUCAGUCGUGUGUAGGGCCGGAUUGUGAGAUCGCGAUAAUUUCAGUGAGUUCACCUUUAAAACUGUGUCGUUUUCUCGUGAGCUGACCUGGAUAACUUUCUAGAAGAAUCAAGUAACUAUUUGGAAGUGAUUUCCGUACUGUUUUGGUGAGAAAUCUCUUUUGGCGCGUGGCUAUUUCGGUGUAUUCUUAGUUGCCUACUCUCAGACGUAAACAAAACAAAAUGAGCACGAGCGUGUACAAGCCCAUCGGCCUUUUUCAGUCAAGAACGCCCGUGAAAAUGCUUUUCUGCAUGCCGGAAGUGCGAAAAGUCAAGAGGGUGCUCUUCGAACCUACGGAUCACGCGGCCACUCAGAAAUUCAUCGACGAGGAGCUGCAGAAGAUUACAGUAACGCAGUCCGAGAGAUGGAACUUCGACUUCAAAAAGGAGAGGACCCUCAACCCCAACGGGGUUUACAACUGGAGGCCUGUCACACCGCAGAAGGCCAUCCGGCCGAUCAAGAGGCGCCAGAGUCCUGCCUUGGAGGAGUUCGAAGUGGAGGAAUUGUACGGGUUCCCUCAGGAGAUCGUGAGACCGGUUCCCGUCAAAGCUACAGUUGAGAUGUCAUCGCCUAUUAGGAAUCAGAAAGCACAGCCACAACGUCUUAUUACUGGUGAGUACUUUGAUUUCUUUUGUUGACUGGGAGACUCGGGU